AUGAUAUCAUGGUGUACAGAGAAAUACCGUUGUACACGAUGUCCUAACAAUGACAAUCCUGUGGAUGAUAUCUUGAUGAAAAGACGCGAGUUCGAAAAUGACACUGGAAGACUGUUGGCCGAAGUAGAUUUCGAAGUGUUUCGUGAAAAUAUGCCCCGACUGAUCAACUGCAUCCGAUGCUACCAAAAACAUCAUUUUUUCAACGAUGAGCCGGUGAAUACAUGGAUUGCAUUGGAGGAGGCACAGUCAGUUCUAGAACCCGAAAUGAGCAGUGUGGCCACCAUGGCAGAGCUUGACUUCAUUGAGCAUAUAGCUUCUGAUAAACUCGUGGAAAUGAUCGACAAAAUGAGAGAAGGAAAAGAAGUGACAGUGGAUGAAAGAGAGAAAUGGGUGAAGAAAGCGAUCGAGAGGAAAAUGAUUCCAGCUGAGUUCACAUCGGAAUAUGGAUUUGACCUUUACAUGGGAAUUCGAGGCGAUGGGUGGAAGACUGAGCAUCGAUUUGUGAAGGGAAAAACGGACCUUCAGAAAGUGUAUUGUUCUUUCAUUGAGGGAUUAGGGAAUAUUCGGAAAGAAAAUCAAGAAAUCAAUUUGUUCUUCAUUUCGGCCAAAUCUUGUGAAAUCAGCCGGAUGAUCAAUAUCCUUCAUGCUCCAAUAUUCCGCGGGGUAUUGUCGAAAACCAGCGGCUGCCUCGCACUUAACAACAGUCAAGAAUAUCCAUCCGAGAUGACUGUUUAUGAAUGGGCCGGUGUAUGGAAACAACUAACGUUGGGGGGUGAUUAUCGGAUAAAGGCAGGGAUCAACUUCUCAUCAUUUGUCAUUCGAAUUAUACAGAAACUUUUGAAUGGAGGGACAUCAGGGGGUGUGGGAUAUUCCAUCCACCGUGGCCCCUUGCAUUUGCCAUUUAUCGGUGAGAAACAGAGGGAUUUUGAGGAGAAAUAUAAUGUUCGAAUUGCGUUGAUUACACACGAAAAGGACGGGAGUACUAGCCGAUAUCUCCGGAUCUUCGAUUUCAACAAGCACGACACACUCAGCUUGCGUUAUGGAUCGGAUCGAUACUUCAAUAUUUCCAUGGGUUCUCCCUCCGAUAGCUCGAAAUACGAGCAAAUGCAGUUGGGCAUCAUCGCAAAAGACGAGACAAUGAAAGUGACAUCGGAGAAGAUCAAUGAAUCGACAUAUAAACGGACAAUGGAAAAGGAGGGGGGGAAGCCGCUGGUAUGGACGGCAAAUUGCCGCCCUACAUUCGAUGAUAUCAAUUGUUUCGACUAUUUGAAGGGUCCUCUACCAGAUAUGUCUUAUUGUACGGAAUUCGAUGAAAUGUGC